CACUCGAUAACAACAAACAGUACUGCGUCAAGUUCCGCAACCAGGACGAGAAAUUGUGAUUACCGUCGGACAAGCGAUCAUUUUCUGUCAUAUGAUGUAUAGGACAGUUGUCAACUCCAAGUAAACUCAUUUUCAGAACUGUUAAUUGAUCGAAACAGGUACGCAAAACGGCCGGUUGGUUGACAGGCAGGAUGUCCCAGGAUGGUCACUCGGUAGCGGUACUGUUCAAUGAUCUAACGGUGGAGCAACGGUUGGACGCUCUGGAUCGAUUCCGAACCGGACUAGAGAAGCUACAGAUUAUAACGAACGUUUUGUCCAGGGGUAUCGACGUCGAACAGGUGACCAUUGUCGUCAACUUCGACCUGCCGAUGGAUCAGCAGGGACGAGCCGAUUGCGAAACGUAUCUACAUCGAAUUAGACGCUCCGGUAGAUUCGAACGGAAUCACCAUCAACCUAGUGGGCAGUGAUCGAAGCAUGAUGAUUUGCAGAUCAAUCGAAAAACACUUCCGGAAAAAGAUUCAGUUGCUAGACGCAAAAAAGAUCGCACCGUAAAGUGUUUUCGACCACCUACUGGUGAAAGGCGUAGGAGCUUU